AUGAACGUCGAUUCGACUCAUCGAGAAAUAGUAAGGAACCCUCUAAUAAACUUAACAGAUUUAUUAUUGAAGAUGGCAGCGAAGGCUCUUGAAGAAGAGAAAAAUAGGAAAAAGAGAAUAUGGACAAGAAAUUGGAUAUUGAGCAGGGAUGAGCGAGGGGCUUCAGCACUACUUUUGAAAGAGUUAGCAGCAGAGGACGUAAAAGAAUAUAAACUAACUAUGAGGAUGACGCCAGAAAUAUUUGAGGAUUUGCUCAAAAAGGUCGGUCCGAAAAUUAAGAAACAACAUACUACAUUGAGGAUGGCAUUAACACCACGAAUAAAAUUAGAAAUAACUUUAAAUUUCCUAGCUACAGGAGAUAGCUACCGGUCAUUGCAGAAUCAUUACAGAGUGUCUAAAUGCAGUAUUUCGAAAUUCAUUCCUGAAGUUUGUGACGCCAUUUACGAAAGCCUGUAUGAAUGUAUCAAGGUACCAGCUUCAGAAAACAACUGGAAAACAAUAAGUAGUGGAUUUGAAACUCAUUGGAACUUUCCAAACUGUUGUGGUGCCAUCGACGGCAAACAUAUUUUGAUACUAGCCCUUCCAAAUUGUGGCAGCGAAUAUUUCGGCUACAAGGGCUCGAAUAGUAUUGUGUUUAUGGCAGUUGUCGACUUUAACUACAAGUUUCUGUACAUUAAUGUUAGUGCCGAAGGAUCACAAUCAGAUGGUGUUAUUUUUAAAAAUUGCCCGAUUUCAGAUGAAUUAGAAAGAGGAUUUUUGCCUGAAGGAUUAUUCCUACUUGGUGAUGAUGCUUUUCCAUUAAAGCCAUGCUUAUUAAAACCAUAUAAAACUUACAGAGGUCCUUUGACAAUACCUGAAAAAAAUUUUAACUAUCGUCUGAGCCGAGCAAGAAGAAUUGUGGAGAAUGCAUUCGGUAUUUUGAUGAGCAGGUUUUUGAUAUUUGAUGGAAAAAUAGAUUUGAAGCCUUCCACAAUACGCAAACUUGUGUUUGCAGCCUGUUCUAUUCACAACUGGCUGCGUGAAUCAUCGCCUUCUUAUUUGCUAGCAAGUGCGGUCGAUCAAGAAAAUAUACAUACUGGAGAAAUUAUACCCGGUAGUUGGAGAACCGAGAUUGAAGAAUUGCGUAAUCUUGAGAGAUUUAGGAGUAUUCAAAGCACCAAUUUAGCUAAGAGAAUACGUGACCGAAUGAAAGACUAUUUCAACAACGAUGGAGCUGUACCCUGGCAAUAUCGUCAUAUAUCCUAA